GUGUUGGUAGAAUUUUGCUUGAUAAAUAUACAAUUUUUGUAAUUAAAUCUGUAAACGAUAUCAGAUACAGAGUACUGAAAAGAAACACUUUCUCGGCAACGGGCCAGCGGACAUUUUCCGCGUCGUACGCGUUUUAGGAGACUCGUUCAAUCGAAAUUUAAGAAAGAAAAAUUAAUUGUUAUAAGUCGAUAAAGUAGAAUAUGCGCUGACAGCGUAAACGAGAACUUUUUAGUGGGUUUACAGGUUGGACUUAUAGGUUGGAUGUAGGUCUAGUAAACGCGACUGUCUGUUGUCAGUGGGAAUCAACUGUAUGGAGAUUACAGAGAAAAAGAUUAUUUUUUAAAGAAUGGAGUCACCACCUGACCUGGAAACUGUUUACCAGGCUGUGUAUUCUUUGUAUAAUAACUCGAAUCCUUCGGGACCAGGAAAAACGUCGCAAUGGUUGGACGAAUUACAAAAAUCGGUAUUCGCAUGGAAAAUAGCAGAUGAAAUGCUGCAGCAAAAGCGUGAUGUUCAAUCAUGUUACUUCGCUGCACAAACAAUGCGCACAAAAAUACAACUAUGCUUCCAAGAGCUACCUUCGGAUGCUCAUAUUUCUUUGAGAGAUUCUUUAAUGAAUCACAUAUCGCAAACUAAUGAAAAUACAAAUUCUGCUAUUGUUACACAGUUAUGCCUAGCACUGGCAGAUCUCGCGUUACAAAUGUCCUCUUGGCAAAAACCAGUUGUGGAUUUAAUUAGUAGAUACGGCACAUCAACUAGUAGUUUGUGGCCAUUACUUGAAGUAAUGACAGUCUUACCGGAAGAAGUAAAUUCAAGAUCUCUCAGAUUAGGAGCCAAUCGUAGACAACACAUAUUACUCGAACUUAAUGCGAGCGCGGACACGGUAACAGAAUUUUUGAAGCUGUGUUUAAAAAAUGGGGGAGACAAUGUACAAAUUCGUGUUACAAUUCUUAGAUGUUUUACAAGUUGGAUCGCAGUACACGCUAUACCCCUCGUACCUACGAGCGACGUUAUUGUAUAUACCCUCCAAAUACUUGGAAACCACAUGAUUGGAUCUCAAUUACACGAAGCAGCCGCGGAUUGCAUAUGUGUAAUUUUACAAGUCCUAGAAGAAGAUAGUAAUAGCAACCGUGAUGAUAAUAAUAGCGAGUCAAAUAUACAGUUACAACAGCUGCAACUAUGGCUCUUCACCAGUGUAAUGGCUUUGGAACAACCGUACCAUUUAUCUGUUGCACACGAAGACAUGGACAAGUCGAUAAAUUAUUGCCGGAUUUUUACGGAAUUAGCCGAAACAUUCUUGGAAACGAUGAUAAGCGGCUGUGUGGGAGGCAAGCAACAUUAUGCUAUUAAAAUUCUUGACCUUGUUUUAGUAUGUGUUGGACACCACGAUUACGAGGUGGCACAAAUAACUUUUAAUCUGUGGUACCGCUUAUCUGAAAUUCUUUACUUAAAAAACAGUGAUGACCUUAACGCGGUGUUCCGACCUCAUAUGGAGAGAUUAAUUGGAGCGUUAUGUAGGCACUGUCAAAUGGAACCGGAUCAUCUGGGUCUAGUAGAAGAGGGUGCUGGUGGGGAAGAAUUUGCAGAUUUCAGAAAUCGCGUUUCGGAACUAAUUAAGGAUGUCGUAUUUGUAGUUGGAAGUAGUCACUGUUUCCGACAAAUGUUUUCUUCCUUAACGGGUGGUCCUGGACCACAAGGUCAAACAAAUCACGUGUCUACGUGGGAUUCAACCGAAGCCGCAUUAUUUGUAAUGCAAGCGGUUGCGAAAAACAUUUUACCAAAAGAAAAUGACGUUGUUCCAAAAGUAGUAGAGGCUAUUUUAAAUUUACCCGAAAACACACACGUAGCUGUACGUCAUACGAGUAUUCUUUUAUUAGGCGAACUUUGCGAAUGGAUAGAUAAUCAUCCUCAGUCCUUGGAACCUGUUUUAAACUUUCUCCUGACUUGCUUGAGUCAGAAAGGUUUAGGAAGCGCAGCGUGUGGCGCGUUACUGAGUAUAUGUACAGCUUGUCCGUUGCAUAUGGCUUCACACUUUCCAGGACUGUUGCAAAUUGCACGUUCCCUUGACAGUUUUGCUAUCAGUAACGACGCAGCUAUCGGUUUACUCAAAGGCGUUGCAAUAAUCAUGUCUAGCUUACCACGCGAGGAAAUCACUCAGGCAAUGAAAGAGUUGUGUUGGUUUCAAGCUAGACCUUUAUGUGAAAUUAUGGAACGUAGAAUCCCAAUUGAAAUAGGAACGAAGACUGAUCCUGUGAUAUGGCUAGAUAGAUUAGCCGCUGUAUUUAGACAUACCGAUCUUCGUAUCGAGGACCCUAACGAAACUCAUCCUUGUCAAAGUGCAGUCACUGAAAUGUGGCCGAUACUGUCAAAUGUAUGUACAGCGUAUCAACAUGACGCAAAAUUGAUGGAAAGAUGCUGUCGUUGUUUGAGAUUCGCUGUCCGCUGUGUAGGAAAACAUUCCGCCCAUCUUCUCGAACCCCUCGUAAAACAGAUUGUACAAUUGUACGUAGCGCAUCAACACAGCUGCUUUUUAUACCUUGGUUCGAUAUUAGUCGACGAAUACGCGACCGAUUCCGAAUGCGUCGCUGGUUUAUUAGCAAUGCUCGAAGCAUUUAUUGGGCCUACCUUUAAUAUACUUCAACAACAAGAUGGAUUAAAGAAUCAUCCCGAUACAGUAGACGAUCUUUUUAGAUUAUGUGCUAGGUUCCUUCAAAGGGCUCCGAUCCCUUUCUUACACUCGGCCAUAAUAGACAGUAUAAUUGACUGUGCCUUAACGGCCUGUAGUUUAGACCAUAGGGAUGCAAAUGUUUCGGUAAUGAAAUUCUUUUACGAUCUUUUGCACUGCGGACGCAAUCACGAGAAUCGUUCGGAUUAUACGAUACGACGAGAAAUGGUGCAACGUAUAUUAUGGGAGAAAGGACAAACGUUAGUCGUAAGACUGCUACACGCAUCCGUAUUUUCACUAUCAACUUACAUGUUAUCGGAUGUAGCGGAUGUUCUUGUUGAACUCUCUCUAAAUAACAGAGAGUCGCUAUCCAAGUGGUUGGAAGAAGCAAUCAAAACGAUGCCCUCUCAAAACGCGGGUGGCUCCCCUACGGCACAACCUGAGCAACUAUUCGAAUUUCAUAGUACUGUUACAAGGGCGGACACGGCAAAAGUCGUGAAUCAUGCUUUACGGAAUUUUGCACGUUUGUAUCGUUGAUGCAUUUCGCUGUAAAAUUUAAGGUCAAGAAUGUCAAAAUUAUGAACAAUAAAAAUCUUGCGAGAUCCUUCAUUUGACCAAUACAUUCGAAGGUAUCAAAGAAACAAGAUUAUUGUAAAACGGUGAGUCUAUGGUGUAUAAAUGUAUUUACAAAAGUUUUAAAUAUUUUGUACGUGUUUACUAUCUUCACAUUCCUUUGCAAAGUAUGUAAAAAUAAUAAAGAUAAGCUAGCUGUCCUUCUUGUAAAAUGUAUUUAUUAAUUUUACACAGAAGUAAUGCAUUUAGUAACGCUUUUUUUUUAUCGUGGAUAUUUCUUUUUUUUUUUUUACAUGUGCUGAAUACGAAACAUAGAAUUUUAUUAUGCGUUGCAUGCCUUUUUUUUUUUUUUUUAUAUAUACAUAAUUUCGUGUACAGCUUUGUUGCAUUUGUUCCUCGUAAUUUUUGAAUAUAUAAUACCUAUGGAAAGUGAUAUCCGGAUUACCUAUUACAUUAGGUAUAUAUCUAGUCAAUUUUUUGAAGAUAUUCGAUUUUAUGCAUACUUUGUAGAUAACGUGCAGAUAGUAAACAUCGGAAGAACAGAAUGAUUAUAUAUUUUUGUGCUUUCCAUCUUAUUUACACAGACAACCUUACAAUGGAAUACUAUUAAAUUACUCCAAAAAUUAUCAAAAGUGUGUUAUUCGAUUUAUCAUACACUAAAAUGUAUUAAGUUAGGUAAUAUCGUUUUACAAUUGUGUUUUUAAUACUCUCGACUGUCCUGUUACGAGAUAUCACUUCCAGACGCGAGAUUUCAUAUUUUACAUAGGUAAUAAUAUGGAGAGCAUGUAAUUUACAAAAAACGAAUUUUUAGCAAGCGUCUAGCCGAUAAACAAUAAAAUUACACAAAUAAGAAUUGAUACGACACAAUUCACAUCUAUUGUGCAUGUGUAUUACAAAAAAGAGAACAAUAGGUUUGAAUUUUACUCGAUAAAAUGUAAACCUUGUUCACAAUUGUGUAUCUCUUUCAUGUGUCUCGGAAAAUAUAAUUUUAUAAAUGUCUAGAUCACGUUUAAGAUUAAUAAGAUGUGAUAUAUUAUACGACGAUAUUCUGAGACGAAACAUAAAUACGUUAUAUUUCUAUUACAUGAAUAUACAUUUUAAAGGGAAUUUCUUGAUAGAUUUGGACACUGUUAACGUUUAAGUUGAUUCGAUAUCACGGUACGUAUACAUGUGUAAAAAAUGUGCGAGUAUGACAGUAAAUCUGAUUAAGGUAUAAGAACAGGACACAGUCAUUCAUUGAAUGCAGAAUAAACGAAGAAAUACACACUCAUUUAACACGAUAGUUAACUUUUAAGUGUACAAAUAUUUUACAUAUACAAGACAUGUAAUUUUUUGCAAAGCGUUAAUGUACAGUUAAGAUAUUAAUGAAAGAUAAGCAUUAUUAUUGGUAAGAAUAUCAUUUGUAACGUAAGGUUGAAAAUGAUUAAACUGUACGAAUAUU